GCUGUGUGCACACGCUGGGCGCCACUUUGCGCUCGAGUCGAGUUCGCCAGCAGCCUGCGGAGCUGCGAGCCUCGGCGAGCGCCUCCAUCCAGCCGGGGCAGCAGCCGCAGCAGCAGCAGCCGCUGUUGCUGUGGAGCCGGACGUGAUGGCGGCGAGUGCUCCAUGCCGUGAGCCGCCAGCAUGGCUCAGCAGCAUCUUCCCGUAUGGCGUCACCAUUCCCGCGCCUCCUCCUCCUCACAACCUCCUCUCCUUUCAUACGCCUCCCCGCUUCAGCAACACCACGUGGACAGAUACCGCAGCAUCCUACAGCGCAAGAUUCUGGCAUUCCGACUUUGCAAAGUUCGUGCAGAAAUUCGGGCCAUCCGUGAGGCUGCCGCCAAGCGUAGUGGUGGAGGGAGUCGUGCAUCCUGGUGGGCAGAACCUCCUCAAGUCAAAGCCGUGGCAGUACCGCAGCGCACCGUUCGCGACGGUGAACAGCGGCUCGGUGGCAUCUCCCAGCCAAUGGAUGUACCAGCCAAAAAAUGCUCCUUAUUGGCAAGUCACUGCAGCUAUGCUCGCACAGAACAAUGCCGGCAUCUGCGAGACUGCGUCCAACAUUGGUUCGUUAAACCAAACGGGAAUGGAAAGGGCAGCCCGGCAGGGGCAGGCGAGAGGCACCGAGGUGGGUGGCAGCGCGCCCUUAGCCCAGGUGCAAUCGGACGAGUUGGAGGUUCACUUCUCGGGGCGCGGGCGUGGGUACGGGUGUGGGCGCGGACGCGGACGCGGACGUGGAGCCGCGGCGCCGGCCACCGUGCAAGUCAGCGGGCGCGGCAAUUCGCGCGGAGAGAAGCGGCCGCUGCCAAGGAAAGAACCCGAACGGGGCCAGCACGCCGACCCUUCCACGGCGCCGUGCAUCUCCAGGCACGGACACAGCUGCUGCUCCAGGCUUACUCACUACAACAGGUUUGACGAGCACUGGCAGCCCGCUUGGCACAAAGAACAAAUCCCAAUUAUUACCGCCGUCUUCAGCCUCGCUCCUGACCCACUUCAUUCCGAAGCCCCCAGCACAACGAGGAGGAGAAGCACUCACGACGAAACCGAUAAACCAGCGCCACAGCCCCACGAUGGGAAUUCCGUCCUUCCUGUGGCCGUCAAAUGCGAAAGCCCCGCUGGCUGUUGCAGCGGGAAAGUAACAAUGGAAGUCAAUAUGAACGCAGCUUCUGAAACUACCACCUCUUCCGUGCCAUUUUUACUGCCAGAAAUUAAAAAAGAACCUUUAGCAGAAGUAGGCGUUUGUGUCCAAGCUGCAGAUGCAGACGCCCAGACAGACGCUGAGCAUUCAUCAAAUGAGCGAGACGUAGGGCCCGGUGCCGUGCCGUCAACCCGGUACAAACUCGAACCUCUGAGCGUAACUUUGCCCUUUGGCGCCGUUCCUUCGCGGGCACAAGUAAAGGAGCUCGCAAUGGAUUUGGAAUCGCGACGUCUGCCCACCCCAAGUGUUCAUGAGAGUCAACAGCUGUGUGCAGUAGAAGAAACCCCAGGGAACGCUUCUGUCGGUCGGAUUGAGAGUAAAGACUCGGAAUCAGUUUAUGCUCGAUAUGCGGAGGGAGAGACGACACCGCGCGAUUGUGAGACGCACAUCGAGGCAGCAGCUGUGAUUGUGGGAGUGGCUCGGCCUGGGAGCAACGAGUUUGGUGCCGAGCAUGGACAGCCGGCCUUGCACGAGGGAGACGCUGGUGCCUCCUGGCCUGAAAAGGACACGGCUGGUGUCGCGAUGCUGGUGGCGCACUCUGCCCGGGUGGAGGAUCUUGCCAGUGUCUCGAUGCCAGUGGCGCAUUCCACCUGGGUGGAGGACACGGCCGGUGUCGCAAUGCCGGUGGCACAUUCCGGCCAGGUGGAGGACAUUGCCAGUGUCUCGAUGCCAGUGGUGUGUUCCGCCCGGGUGGAGGACACAACCAGUGUCCCGAUACCGGUGGCUCGCUCCGCCCCAGUCAAGGACACAGCCGGAGUGGGAGCCAAAGAAGCGGGUACCUGCUGCUCAUUUGAUUCUAGUGAGGAAUCUGCAGCAGAAGAAUUCGCGACCCCACAGUCUGCACCGGCCAUGAGCGGAACCUGCACAUUUCAGCCAGAUGAUGACAUAGACCUGCCCAAGGUUACAGAAGUCCCCGGGUCUGUAUGUACCGUGAGCCGCCCGGGUCUUGGCUCUCGCUACAUCAGCAAGGAGAAGGCAGACCUGGCAGCGAUGGAAAGCACGACGCCCAGUUUGGGUGAACACACGGCCACUGUGACCUCAGUUCCUCAAGAAACGAGCGCUGCACACAAGACCUGCAACUUUCAUUCUGCCAAGAUGACUCCGCCGACUAAGAAUCCUAAAAACAAAGUGUCGAAGAUCACCGUGAAUGGGUUCUGUGUAUCAGAGUUUGGUGGGAUUACCGCAACCAGAAUUGAAAAUCUCUUCACUUUGUUGUCAUUGCACAUGGAACUCAUGAACAUUGCAGAUGGUGUAACGGAUGCCCACAAAGAUGCUCUGUCCCAGGCAGAGUGGACGAGACACAAGGAGGAGGCGGCCAUGCUCAACCAUCCGCGUGUCCGCCGAGCAGUGGAGCGCGUCGUCCGGGCCCUGGUGGGAAUGGAAUCAGAGUCCUCGUGCCCGUUCCCAUUCGUGCUGCGCCAUGGCAGGACCUUCGUGCCUCUCGCCGCCCUCCGGGAGACGAUGGUCAUGGAGCUGUCGAGGCACGAGCUGGUGGGUGUGCUGGCGCGCUGCGCCGUGCCACAACGGCCAUCCACUCUGACAGAGGAGGGUGUGUUGCGGUGCGCGCCAUGGCUCCGGCGUGGUUGCUUCACGCUGCUACGCAUGGCCCAGCUGCGCUACGUCUAUCCACACCUCUUCCACACCGCCUGGAGGGUGCGACGCAGGAUGGGGGGCGGGAGGAAUUUUCCAUGGACAACAUGCAAAGUGUGGCUGGAGUGCGAAAGAGGAGCCCCAGUAACCCUGGAGUACAACAAGCUCGGCUCCCGCAUCUCCACGGGCAGCGCCACCUCCACCUCCCAGGAAGUGCGCCAGAGUCAUGGCACUGUGGCCACCCGGGGACGUCCACGCGGGAGACGGUCUGCGGGCCCCACCGCUACCGGCACCAGAAAGAUCCCCGCUCGUGGUGCCAUGUCCACACAGCCUCCGAAGACGCCGCAUGACGCCAGUGGCGCCGAUCACUUGCGCCCCUCAGCCCCCCCAGUCGCUCACCUGCCCGGGCCCGUGGCUCCUCGGCGGGACGGCUCGACACAUGCCCCGGCAAGGCUGGGGAGUGAACGCCGCGCUGGGGACGAUUGCUGGGCGCGUCCUUCCGUCGUGCUGCCAACGGGCGCCGCUUUUCCCACAGCGUCCCCAGCGUCUCCGGAUCCACGGCGCGGGGAGAAUGCAGCGAGGCGCGCAUGGUGGAUGGAGGGAAAACGUGCAUGUGCCCGGCACAACAUUUUCUCGUUCCCGAUGGUGAGCAUCAAGUGCCUUGAUGCCUCCGCAGCAUGGCGCGGAGGGAGUGGCGCUGCUCUUGCCUGGCCACCGGCAGAACCGGCCACGGGCCCACAGCCUCCACGCAAGAGGCAGGGCCAGCACUCCCCUUCCAGGCAGUUCAAGAAAGGAAAAUUAGAAUGAUUGUCAGGGAUCGUGCAUUGGUGUAGUUGUUUCUGCCAUGGUGACUUGCCAUUGCCAGGGUGGUUGUAGUCUGUGCACGAUGCACUGACACAUGACGGUAUUCCGAUUGCACAGUGAAAAGUACGCAAUGCUAGAGGGUUAGAGGUCACCGGAUUCAAAGCUUUAAAGCACAACGCCCCACAAGACUCACGUGACUUGCACGUUCCCGCACAGUACACCCAGCAUCGAUGCACAUUGUGCUCGCUGUGCGCUCCGCACGUUCUCCUUGCGCCUUCUGGAAAAAAAGUGUUAGCUCGUAGGCCACCCCUCGGUGAUGCACAUUGCUGUGUUGGUAUACAAAGCACGAAGGGCUUGGCACGAGGGUCAGCAUUCUGGUUCGUGCCAACUGAACAGGGCAAUAUACACUUGCAGCUACACUGGGGAGGCAGCCAGUGGGGUUUGUCAAAACUGUCACCAUUGUGUUCUGAAGCACUGAAGUUAUUUGCUGUGUUAUUUGUUGUGUUGCAGUAGCGUUGCUUUAUAUGUGUAUUGUACAAAGAAUGGGACUUUGGACCAGAUGCAAUGUGCUCAAAUUCUGUAGACUCUGUGACACUGUGACUUAUGAAUCAAUGCCCAAACCAUAACUGGUGUGGAAUUAGGUAUUAUUCGCCUUCAUGGUGAUUCAUUACAGCGUGAAGUCUGUUGUAAUAUGAAAGGUGCACAGUUACCGCUUUUGAAAUAACUUGUGAAUAUUUGAGUAAGUAUUUAAAAAAGUAUUUAAUCAGUGCUUUUUUUGGCUGAAGUCUGCCUGCCAUGCGGACGUGUGGGAGGGUGCACCGGACAUUAUCCGCGGUGAGAAAUCGCCUGCUUGCCCACUCAACGUUUUUCUACUUAUCCAUGCUGGCCACCUGGCCCAUAGUAACCUCACUACCACCAUUGGUAAAAGUGUUCCACAGACCGGGCAGCUUUAUAUUCACCUAAAAGACAAAUGGAGCUCUGCUCAGGUGAAUAAGUUGCUCUAAUGUUGAUGCCCUUGCAGUGUUGGUGAAAUGCACCGGAGCGCUCUCACCGGCAGUCUACCAGUAGCUUCCAUAUCACAACCCGAUGUUUACAUUCUGUGCAAUUGCAUUGGUUUUUUUAUAAAUUGUUUCAGUCUUUCACAAUUAAAACACGCACUGAUUAAACAAAACUUCACAUUUUUGCAGAUAUUCACUACCUCUUUCAUUGUGUUUUAUAUAUUUUAAUAAA